AGCAACAAGUAAAAAUGCGAAAGAAAUUCUUUCUCAAUUGCUUGCUCAUACUACUUUUCCUGAUAAUGAUCAGUUACUAUAUAAUGUAUUUCAUGAACUUCAAGACAUAGAAUUAGAUUGGACUAAGGAAUGUGCCAUGAUAUAUUGGCAGAAUCAUCACACUAAAAAUAAGCAAAAUAUGUAA